ACCCGGCGGCCGGAAGUGCGCGGCGAAAGGCUUCCCCGACUUCCGGGAUGUUCGCGGCGGCCGCCCAGAGUCUCCUGCGGCAGGCCCGGGAUGCGCGGCCCGAGGAGCUGCGGGCGCUGGGGGCCCGCGCCGCCGCCCUGCUGCAGCAGCCGGAGCCGGGCGCCGAGGCCGCGGACUGUCUGCGCCGGAUCCUGCUCGUCGUCGCCGCCACCAAACGCCACCGGAAGUUGGACGACAAGUUUGUGGACGUGUUGGAGCGGGCGCUGUGUCUGCCCAAAUGCCCCCCGCAAAUUCAGGUCUUGUGCGCUGCCAUCCUGCGGGAGAUGUCACCGUCCGACAAGCUGACCCUGUCCUGCCACGAGAUCCAGGAAACAAAGCUCUUGAGCACCGUGGGUGCCAUCCUGUUGGCCCAGGGAAAUAAAAAGGCUGCAGCCUUGGCUGUGGGGCAGCGAGUCAUCAAAGUCCUUGAAGGGCGACUGCCUGAGGGGCAGAGUUCACGGCACCUUCUUCCUCUCCUGUCUCAGGUUAUCAGUGUCUUUCCAGCAAGCCUGACGGAAGAUCAGACCAACGUGGUCAACAAAAGGAUGGUCGACUGGCUGCGAUAUGCAAGCGUUCAGCAAGGAGUUGCCCAGCCCUCGGGAGGUUUCUUCUCCACCCCCAGAGCAAGGCAGCCCGGCCCCGUUACAGAGGUAGAUGGCUCCAUUGCCACUGACUUCUUCACGGUGCUGUCGCUCGGCCAGCAUUACACGGAGGACCAGUGGCUCAACAUGCAGGCCUUUUCCAUGCUGCGCAAGUGGCUGCUCUGCUACGGGGGCGAGGGAGCCAGCAGCCCCAGUUCAGAUGACCGAUCAGAAGUGGACGGGUCCGUCAUGUCCAUGGUCUCUGCCACCUCCACAUCCAGUCGCCUGCUGCCCCCAAAGGAGCGACUGAGGGAGAAGGCCUUCGAGUACUGCCAGCGGCUCGUCGAGCAGAGCAACCGGCGGGCCCUGAGGAAGCCGGAUGGGGACCUGCAGAAGGCCUGUCUCAUCGAGGCGGUCACCAUCAUGGACAUCAUCUGCCGGCAGGAUUCCUCCUACGUGUACCGAACGCUCUCCUGCCUGAAGAUCCUGCAUGGCAGGAUCAGCCGGGACUUGGCCUAUGCCUGGGCCCUGCUGCCCAUCGCUCAGUUCUUCCUGAACCACAGUGAGACAGCAGCGGUGGACUCAGAGGCUGUGUACAAGCACUUGUUCACCAGGAUCCCUGCGCAGCUCUUCCACAGCCCCAUGCUGGCCUUCGAGUUCAUCCAGUUCUGCAGGGACAACCUGAGAGUCUUCACCGAGAACUUCAGCAUCUUCAGGCAGAGCUUUCCCAACCUCUUUAAGUUCCUGGCCUGGAACAGCCCAUCUCUUAUCUUGGAGUUUAUGGACCUGCUGCCAGCUCUGCUGGGCCCAGACACUGCUAUCGAGAUGCUCCACUUGUUGCUCGAUCUGCCCUGCUUGGCUGCUGCUCUGGACGUCCAACUGAGGUCAGCCUCUGCUUCUGCCUCUGAGAGAGCUGCCUGUGACCCUGCUGCGAAGCCCGCCAGCUGUCUAGAAGCCUUUCGACACCCACUUUACCGAAGCUCGUUCCAGUACCUGCUCCGCACUGAGGCAGCCCCUGGAGACUCUCCGGAGAGGCUGGCACCACUGCGACAGCUGCUAGGGUCCGUGGCCAACAGCCCACGGGUCGUCCAGUGUGCGGAGACCGUCCCUGUCCUGCUGCAGCUCUUCUUCAACACGGCAUCUGAGUGUGCAGACAAGCCCCUGAUAAACCAGCUAGUGCUGGUGUUGCUGGAGAGGAGUGACCAGCUCUACGAGCUCCCUGCCUUCAAGGCUGACGUGCACAGAGUGCUGAGCUCCCAGCUGCUGCUGCUGUGCAGGCUACAUCCCUCACUCGUGGUGGAGCUGUCUAAGGAGCUGCUGGAGUUCUCGGGGACCGUUGGCAACAUCCAGAACAAGGAGGAUGUCUACACCUAUGUGGUGUGGGCUAUCGGCGAGUACAUGUCGGUGUCGUACGACAAGCGGUGCACGGUGGAGCAGAUCAACAGGUUUUUCGAGGCACUGGAGGCCAUGCUCUUUGAGAUCACUCAGCUCCGACCCGCAGCCAGCGGCCCCCCAUCCUCACCCCGCGUCAUCGCUGUCCUCAUGACCGCCCUGACCAAGCUGGCUUCGCGCAGCCAGGACCUGAUCCCCAGGGUGUCCCUGUUUCUGUCCAAGAUGAGAGCCUUUGUGCAGCACCCGGCCACGGCCUCCGUAUACAGUGAGCAGGACAGCGAGGAGAUCCUGACCCGCGCCACUGAGCUCACCAACCUGCUGAAGAUGCCCAGCGUGGCUCAGUUCGUGCUGACGCCGACAGCGGAGGUGGCUGGUGCCGAGUCCCAGAGAGACACCCACGCAGCCCUGCCCGCUGCCAUGAAGAUGGUCAGCCGGUUCAUGGAGCGGGGGGCUGGCUUUGUGCCAGGGUGAGGGGGCAGGGUGGAGAGGACCAGGCUGGCCUGGGUCCCUGUUGGCUGAGCUACUGGCUUAACGACAUGGGGAAGGGUGAGGGCUGAGACUGCUCUGAGUAGGGCUUCUGGGAUGGAGGGAAUAAACAGUAAAGAGAACACAA